AAUAUCUAGAGGAAUCGCGAUAUCCGCGAUUUAAUUUGAAUUAAUCCGGUUUUAUCGUAUGUCGUUACGAUGCAGACGAUCAUAAUUGCGUUCUUCUUGCUGGUCUGCGGCCUAGCCGCAGCCGUGACAUUCGACAUUUCGGAAGAUCUCUCAUUGAAUGCGUUCAUGAAAAUGAUGCAGGAAAGCAGGAAACGGCCGAAUAGCACCAAAUUCAAUUCUGAUGUCAGUCUUAAUACGCUACAAAUGAUAAAAAAAGCUGGUUAUCCAGCGGAGGCUCAUAUUGUACAGACGGAGGACGGUUACCUCUUAACACUUGAUCGUAUUCCAGGUAACAAGAACUUUCCCGUGUUGUUACAGCAUGGUCUUUUGGGCAGUUCCGCCGAUUGGGUCAUUUCCGGCAAGAAUAAAGGACUUGCUUUCAUAUUGGCCGAUUGGGGAUAUGAUGUUUGGUUGGGCAAUUUUCGUGGGAAUACCUAUUCAAGAGCUCACGUUUCUUUAUCUCCGUCGGAUUCAAGAUUUUGGAAUUUCAGCUUUCACGAACUAGGCAUCUAUGAUUUACCUGCCAUGAUCUUGUAUAUCAAUAAUACGGUGUCACAAAGAUUGUACACGUAUAUUGGUCAUUCGAUGGGUACAACUGCUUCUUACGUGAUGGCAGCAGAACGUCCAGAAAUUGCUAUGUGGGUAAAAACAAUAAUUAGUCUUGCGCCUGUGGCUUUUGUAGAACAUAUCAAAAGUCCAAUACGAUAUUUUGCUCCUUUUGCCAACAGAUUAGAGAUAAUAGCGCAUUUUUUCGGCGAGGACGAGUUUCUGCCGCAUGACGGUGUGCUGCAAUUUCUGGCGAAGCACGGUUGUGAAGUAAAUUCCUUUAAGGAGGUCUGUACUAACAUACUAUUCCUGAUCUGUGGAUUCGAUGAAGAACAAUUCAAUUACACUCUGCUCCCAAUGAUUCUGAGUCACGACCCAGCCGGUACUUCGACCAAAACGGUGGUACACUUUAACCAGGAAAUCGAGUCGGGCAAAUUUCGUCAAUUCGAUUACGGACGUGAGAAAAAUCUGUUGAUCUACAACGCAACUGAACCGCCGGAUUACAAUCUAACAAACAUCAAAGUGCCAAUCGGAUUAUUCUACGCCGACAAUGAUUGGUUGGUUGAUAUUUCGGACCUGAAAAAGUUAUACAUCUCAAUAUCACGCAACAUAUUUUACACGUAUAGAGUACCGUUGCCUAAAUUCAAUCAUCUGGAUUUCAUCUGGGGUAAAGAUGCACCCAAGCUUGUGAUGAUGUUUAUCGCAGCGAUUGUUGUCAUUGCUCUCUCAACUGCAGCAAUAUGCAACCACGAUUUCGGCGAUGAUGGCGCAAUCUUCGCGAGAAACACAAAUACAAAUUCCGUUCGUCUCCAAUCGGAUUCAAAUACAUAUGGGCCGAUCUUUAAUAUGCAACAAUCGCUCCAAAGAUCUCAAACCUUCAAGGCAGGAAUAAACUCUCGACAGAAUAAUAUAACGAACCAUCGCGUGCAGCGACCAUCACUAUUUCUUACUCCGCCGAAGAUCAGUUACAUAGCUUGCAAGCAACCUUUAUCUAAAUCAAAUUCUUCCUCAAGAUCAAGUAGCCAACAAGACUCCAUAUGUGUGCCGCAAAGUUUUGUAGCCUUCACAUCAUAUAAUCCUAAGUUAAAUCAGCACUCAACGACUUUUUCGCCUUUAAAUAUCCCGAAAUCGUCGCUCACUCAUUUAUCGUCACAAUCUCCGCUUUUUUCAUCGACUGAUGCAAGAUCGAUUCAUUCCGCGUCCAGGACUGGCAAGCAAUUGGCUGGACGUACAGGUGGAAACGAAGGCAUUUCUUUUGAAUAUAACCCACGCAUCUUUUCUACAAAUAUGAUACAACCUAGUAUGACAAACAUUUUUGUUCCUAGUUUCGAAGUUAGUUCUGGAGUUAGUUUUGAAGUUAGUUCUGUCAGUCAAACUGUUGAGCCUCCUCAUCCCCCGCAUAUCCAUAAUCUUGAUGUGGAAUGUAGUAAGACAAUGAUGACGAUCCAUAUUGAAUUCAAUCAAGCUUUCAACGGCGUUAUUUAUUCUAAAGGCUAUUACGCAAAUCCGGAAUGUAUAUACGUAAAAGAGAAUUCCGGUUCAACGCAGUACUCCUUUACUGUAAAUUUAGACUCUUGCGGAACUCAAUUCAUUAAUGAUUUCAAGGGUGCGACUGGACAAGCAUAUUUGGAAACCGUCCUUGUAUUACAAAAUGAACCAGAUAUACAAGAAGCAUGGGAUGCAAUUCGAAGAAUACGAUGUCUUUGGGAAGGAAACGUUAAUAAGGCUUUAAUGGUGAAUCUCUCAAUAGAUAUGUUGAACCAGGAGAUCGUUACUUUUAGUGGCGAUACUGCAACAGUCAAAUUGGAUAUUCAAAUUGGUAAAGGACCCUUUGCACCUACAGUCAAUGAAUUCGUAAAGAUCGGAGAAACCAUGACCUUAGUAGUUUCCGUGAAGGGCGAUCCUGGUUUCGAUCUUCAGGUGCGUGACUGUUUGGCGCGAGACGAAGCCUCAACCAAUAUGUUGCAGCUCACCGACGAAAGAGGCUGCAUUCUGAAACCGAAACUGUUUGGUGCCUUCCAAAAGACAAACGAUACCGGCAAUACAGGCGCUUCCAUUAUCGCUUAUGCGUUCUUUCAAGCCUUCAAAUUCCCUGAUGUUAUGGAUUUGUUCAUCGAAUGUAAUGUCGAAUUAUGUAAAACUAAUUGCGAUCCUUGUCCGGAUGCAAAUCAAGUACAAAAAUCAAUUUAAAUGAAAUAUGUUAUGUAUAAUAUUCAUUAAAUUUAUCUGUCUCAUCCACUGAAACUAGCCCUUAGUACACACGAUUAGAUCAUUAUGUUUUGCACAUUCAUAACUGUUAAUAAAUUUAUCAAAUCAUUACGUUAUUAAGAA